CGUGUAGUGAGGAGCAUUUCUUGCCACCUUUAUUCGAUUCCACCACUUGACACAUCCAUCGAUCACUCCUCCCCCUACCAACGAUCAGCUCAGCUUCAGCUUCUCCUCGGCAUGUCCGCCGCCGCCGCCAUCGCGUCGCCGAUCCCGGCGGCGAUCGCCGUCGUGCAGCAGCAGAGGCGGGGGAGGAGCCGCGGCGGCGGCUCCGGCGCUGCCGCCGUCCGCUGCUCCGCGGUGGCCCCGACGUCCGCGAUCGCGCCCAUCCUUGCCGACCUGAGGCUGCGGUGCGCCGCCCCGCUCCCCGUGCUGCGGCGCGUGGCGGACGCCAUGGCCUCCGGGAUGCGCGCCGGGCUGGCCGACGACGGCGCCGGCGAGCUCAAGAUGAUCCCCAGCCACGUCUACUCACUCCCCACUGGGAAUGAAACAGGACUGUUUUAUGCUCUGGACCUUGGAGGCACCAACUUUAGAGUGCUGAGGGUACAAUUGGGAGGAAAAGAUAAGCGCAUUAUAGAUACCGAGUUUGAGCAAGUCUCGAUCCCAAGAGAAAUCAUGCAUGGUAUAACCGAGGAUUUGUUUGAUUUCAUCGCGAGUGGCCUGUCGAGAUUUGUAGCAACGGAGGGUGAUAAGUUUCAUUUGCCACAAGGGAGAAAGAGAGAGUUAGGCUUCACAUUCUCCUUUCCGGUGAAUCAGACUUCUAUUGAUUCUGGCAUUCUGAUCAAGUGGACAAAAGGUUUUGCUGUCUCUGGAACUGCUGGGAAAGAUGUUGUUGCUUGUCUGAAUGCUGCAAUGGAGAGGCAAGGCCUUGAUAUGCGUGUCUCUGCCUUGGUAAAUGAUACUGUGGGAACCUUAGCUGGAGCACGUUAUUGGGACGAUGACGUAAUGGUCGCGGUGAUUUUGGGCACUGGCACCAAUGCAUGCUACAUUCAACGAACUGAAGCUAUUCCAAAAUUGCAACACCUUAAGCUUGAAACAGGAAACACGAUUAUUAACACUGAGUGGGGAGCUUUCUCAGAUGGACUUCCAUUGACUGAAUUUGACAGAGAAAUGGAUGAUGAGAGCAUAAAUCCUGGUGAACAGAUAUUCGAGAAGACGAUUUCCGGGAUGUAUCUAGGUGAAAUUGUCCGUAGGGUGCUGGUCAAGAUGGCUGAAGUAUCUGAUCUCUUUGGUCAUUCCUUCCCCAAGAAACUUGCUGAACCAUUUGUUCUAAGGACACCACAUCUAUGCGCUAUGCAACAAGACACCUCUGACAAUCUUGGAGAAGUUGAGUCCAUCUUGAGUGAUGUCAUCGGCGUGUCCCAAGCUUCUCUGCUGGCACGGAGAGUCACUGUAGAAGUCUCCGACUGCAUCAUCAGGAGAGGAGGCCGGUUGGCCGGGGCAGGAAUCGUAGGGAUCCUUGAGAAGAUGGAGAAUGACUCCAGAGGGCACAUUUUCGGACGAAGAACAGUGGUCGCGAUGGACGGUGGUCUAUAUGAGAAGUACCCUCAGUACAGGAGGUACAUGAAGGAGGCUGUGGCUGAGCUACUGGGACCCGAGCGAUCGAAUCGUAUCGCCAUCGAGCACACGAAAGACGGAUCAGGGAUCGGCGCUGCGCUGUUGGCAGCUGCAAACUCAAAGUAUGCUGCUGCUCAAAUCUCUACAAGGUGAUCGCAAUUGUUAUAAUUGUUGAGUUACUGGGCCGAAUUAAUUCUCUACAAGGUGAUCUCAAUUGUUAUCAUUGUUGAGCUACUGGGACCUGAACAAUCCAAGCAUAUCAUCAUAUGGUGGCCUCUUAUCUGAAGUAUGGAGGGGCUUCAUAUAUGCUAUUCUUCUGUACUACUAGUCUACUAUACUAUAUAACGCAUUUGAGGAAAAGAAACACCAGAAAUUUAUCAACUUAUGUUUUGUAUAAUUCAUCAACUUAUGUGUUUGUAUAGUUACAGUUCACCAGAAAUUCAUCAGCUUAUGUAUUUGUAUAGUUAAAGUUUAUCCUCAAUUUUGUGUGGCCUGA